AUGGAGAAACCAAUGUAUGAAAUAUCAUUAAUAUCACCUAAUGAAAGAUUACUCAUGUAUUCAAUGAAUAAUACACAAGUAUCAUUUCAUUCUUCUCUCACUUGUAUUCAUCAUGCAUUUGUUUAUCAAGUAAUGAGACAUCCACAAAAACUAGCUGUUGAACUUGAUGAACAAUCUCUAACAUAUGCUGAACUUCUGUAUUAUGCCCAAGUAUUAUCUCUACAUUUUAUAAACAAAUAUGUUGUUGUUCCAGGUGAAAUUAUUUGUCAAUGUGUUGAGAGAAGUUUGUCGAUGGUAAUUGGCAUUAUGGCAAUUGAAAUGAGUGGUAGUGUCUAUUGUCCAUUGUCACCUCGAGAUCCAAAACAUCGUUUACAUACGCUUGUAGAACAAACAGAAAGUCGUCUUGUUCUUGUCCAUUGGUUGACAAAGAAUAAAUUUAAAGAUAGUAUUAUUUCAUUUGAUAUUGGUUCAAUAUUGAGUAACCGUGUCGAUGAAAAUAUUAUUGAUGCUAAUCAGCUAUCAAGCGUGACAAUAACAUCAGAGAAUAUUGCAUAUAUCAUUUUUACAAGUGGUUCAACUGGAAUACCUAAAGCGGUCCAAGUCAAACACAAAAACUUAACUGGGUUUAUGUGUUCGUUAGUUUAUGGUGAUGUGUUGAAUGAAAAUGAUACAAUCCUUCAAAUUGCACGUUGUUCCUUUGAUGUUCAUAUCCAAGAUAUAUUGGGCACUUUAAUUAUUGGAAGUAGUCUAAUUAUGCUACACCCAAAAGGACUUCUGGAUUUUGAUUAUCUUGCUAGUAUUGUAAAAGAGAAGAAUGUUACUUGUAUUACUACUGUUCCAACUAUAAUUCAUAAUUUUUUCACAUUUGUGAAACAAUUCAAUAGUCGCAAUGUUUUACAAUCUCUGCGAUCAAUUUGUAGUGGUGGUGAGCCUUGCUCUAUGAAACUAAGAAACUUAAUGUUAAAUACGAUGACGCACACCUGUCGACUAUGGAAUAUGUAUGGUCCUGCUGAGACAACAAUUGAUUGCACGUUUCGUCAUUUCAAUAAUACAGUGGAAACUGAAACCAUUCCAAUAGGCAGACCGCUUUCAAACUAUCAAAAUCUAAUUCUAAAUCAUUUCUUACAAAGUACAUAUAUUAAUGAAGAAGGAGAAUUAUUUGUAGGAGGAGUAGGUGUCUUCAGUGGCUAUUUUGGACAUGAUGAUCUGUCAGCAAAAGCAUUCAUAUAUAUAAAUGACGAGUUAUUCUAUCGAACAGGUGAUCUUGUUACAGUCGAUAACCAUGGCCUUCUUCAUUAUCAAGGAAGAAAAGAUCAUCAAAUCAAAUUACAUGGACAAAGAAUUGAACUUGGUGAAAUCGAACGAUGUUUUCUUAAUUUCACAUCCAUAUCUGCUUGUGUUCUCAUCAAAUUGAAUGAUGAUCAUUUAGUUGCAUAUGUUCAAUCUUCUCAUGUGAAUGAAGAACAGCUACGUCAACAUUGUCAAUCUCAUCUUCCACCACAUAUGAUUCCAUCGAUAUUUAUUAUUCGUGAUAAGUUACCAUUAAAUGCAAAUGGAAAAAUAGAUCGAAAACUGUUUCCUUCACCUGACUUUUCGUUCUCUGUUAGUGAUUAUGGUAGUAAUACACCAAGCACUAGUCUUGAACAACAAUUACAACAGAUUUUUAGUGAAGCUUUUCAUGUUGAAUUUUCGCCUCUUAAUGUUCCGUUUAGUCAGCUCGGUGGAACAUCGUUAGAUGCCAUUCGUGCACUUACAUUAAUACGGCAACAAUUGUGCACUAAUAUUGAUAUUGGUCUUUUAUUUACGAAUCCAUCUAUUCAACAAUUGGCUAUAGCAAUAGAACCUUUGUUGACCUCUAAUGAAUCUUUAAAGACAGCGCUUACAACCAAUCAAUCUCAUGAAACAGACAUUAGGUUGUCACCUUCGUUUGUUAUAGAGUCUGUAGGUAUUGUAUUCCUUGUUUGUCAAUGGUUGUGUCCGAUCAUGACAAUUUAUCAAUGGUGCCCAUUGUUUUUUCCUAUUUUACCAAUAUGUCAUCUUCUAUCCUAUGUCAUUUGCUCACAUCUACUAUUAUCGCGAAACAUCAAAACUGACAAUCUUUUCUCUUGGAGUUAUUAUCGAUGGUGGCUUUUAGAUCGACUAUGGAAUAAUAAUAUAUUUUGGUUGCAACAUAUACUUGGUACACCUCUUUACAAUUAUUAUCUUCGUCUUUGUGGUGCACGAAUCAGUCUUAACACACAUAUUUAUACUACAACUAUUGAUGCUCCAUGGUUGUUAGAAAUUGAUGAUGGAAGUUGGAUUGCAAGUGAAACAUAUUUGAACUGUUUAUAUUUUAAUGAUAAUAACACUUUCAAAUUAAGUCUAAUUAGAAUUGGAUCUAAUUGUUCAAUCGGUACACGAUCAAUUCUGUUUGGUGGAGUUGAUAUGCAAAAUAAUAUUAUUGUUCAACCAAUGUCAUCGAUCACUGGCUUCGUCGCAUCUGAAACGAUUGUCGAUGGUGAAGAACACAAAUCUCUUCCUUCAGACAUGUCCAUUAUGCAGAGUAACAGAUCAUUAUCCAUAUGGCAUAAGAUAUAUCAAAUGAUUGCACUUUUCUCAAUCAUCGGUUUACAUUGUACACUUUUGAUCAUAGUAUAUAAAGUUUAUUCAGUUGGACAAAUAUCACUACUAAUUAGUAUUGCUUUUUGUUGGACUUUAUGGUCAAUUAUUGGCUGUUUUAUUUCGCUUCUCUUACUGAAAUUCAUAGUUGGGUCUUGUGUUGCUGGUGAAAUAUAUCCGAUAGCAUCUUGGUUAUAUUUACAAAAAAUAUGGCUUCGUCAAUUACUUGUAUCUAGUUUUCAUCAUGCUUGGCUACUACCGACUGGCUACGAUUUUCUUUAUCCCUAUGUUCUUCGUUGGUUAGGUGCUCAUGUCGAAGAAAAUGUCAAACUCGCUGAGAUAGAUACUUUCCUAUCCUGUCCAACAAAUCUAUUGAAACUCGAAAUGGGUGUCACUACUUUUGGUGGAAUCUUAAUAGUUCCUACUGAGCUGACACUCUCAGGUGAUUAUCGCGUAGAUCAGAUAAUACUUGGAUCUCAUACAAACCUUGCCAAUGGAUGUUCAAUCUUGCCUGGUAGUUGCCUUGCACCUGAGACAAUGAUCGGCAAUUUAACACGUAUCUCACGAGAGACAAAAAGCAAAUGCAGAGAUGUUUUUAUGAGUGUUCCAGCUCGUACAAUGCCAUUCCAAAUGCCUCCCAGGCCAGAAAUACAAGAUCAGAUUGAAAUCAUACCAUUUUGGCAUACAUGUUUGUCUCAUUAUGUCAGCAAAUGUCUUUUAUUAAGCAUUUAUUCGUUUGGUGGUCUUGUUGGUGGAUCAAUCAUUCAUACAAUACUUGCCUGUAGUCUCUAUCGAUGUCGUUCAUAUAUAAGUUAUCAAAUUAUAGAACAAAUAAUAACAAGAAUAAGUCAAGAUCAUGCACAAUUUAUUUGUCCAUUUCUUGGUAAUACACAAUGGCUCAUUCGACUAUUUCGAGCAUACGGCGCUCAUAUUGGUGAGAAUGUUAUAAUGGCUGAUAUAUCCAGUAUUACUGAUUAUCAUUUGAUGACUAUUGGAGAUGAUGUUCGACUUAGUGUGCGUACACAGAUACAGGGUCACAGUUUCGAACAACGUAUUUUAAAAUUAGCUCCUGUAUCAAUCGGUAAUUCAUGUGUACUGAUGAGUUACUCAAUUGUAAUGUCAGGCUGCAAACUAAUGGGUAACAAUCGUCUUUAUCCUGGAACACUGAUAAUGAAAAAUGAUCGAUUACCACCGAAUACUCACUGGAAAGGGGUUCCUGCACAAUCUUGCACAGUAAAAGAAAAAUUAUGUCGGCCGACAAUAGUUCAUGAUUAUCUAGUAAAAUACCAGCAAGGAUACGAGACCAUUGACAAAUUGUUUCUCUGGUACGAACGAAUUUCAAGUAUUUAUAUGAAUGUGAACGAAUUACAGUUUAUGAAUUAUGGCUAUGCAGAUAUGGAUGAAUAUAUCGAUGAUCAUACUGGCUAUUAUUCAAGAAAGCUUUAUGAACAGGUUCUUGCUAAUGUAACACUUACGGAUAAAAAUAUACUUGAAGUGAGCUGCGGUAGAGGUGCUGGUGCUGCCUGGUGUGUUCGCACAUAUGCUCCUCGCUCUUAUGUUGGAAUCGAUCGUACUCGAGAUGUUAUUAAUCUAUGUGAACGAUGUUAUUCAACAAUUCCUCAACUCUCUUUUAUAAAAGCUGAUCCAAAUACUCAUUUAUCAUUUCAAAAUGAAUCAAUGGAUGUUGUUCUCUCGAUUGAAACAAGAAAUAUUUUUGAUGAUAUAGUAGCAGUGAAGCAAUUCGUCAAUGAAGUUACUCGCGUGCUUACUCCUAAUGGAUACUUUCUCUGGUGUGGCUUGUGUAAUGUAGAUGGAUCAAGUGUAUUGAUUGAUUAUUUAACAGCAAAUAAUGCAUUUAUUAUUAAAGAGAAGGUCAAUAUUACCGCUAAUGUUCUUCAUGCACUUGAUAUUCAAAGUAACUCACGUGCUGACUUCAUUGAUCGUUAUAUUCAACCUGCAGAUCAAGAAUAUUGUCGUCUAUUGGCUGGAUUACCUGGUACUCAACUUUAUGAUAAUAUGCAACAAGGACGAGCAGAAUAUUGGCGAGUUGUAUUCCGAAAGAAGACAACAAAAAAGACACCUAUUGUUUAA